UUUCUCUCUCUAAACUAAAAUUCAACUAAAAUAAAUGAUAAUAUCAGACGCAGCCCAAAUUUUGUCUCCCUCCAAUCCCUAACACCAUUUAUUUUCUGCCUCUAUCAGCUUAGCCGCGGGAACCGUACGGUAAUUUCACCACUUCUUCGGUGACAAUCCGGCGAAUCUGAUUCGAUACUGGACUCCGAUCAGUGUAUGGAAUGACAGACUACCGAGUGCCACCGGCGAUGAAUCUCUGGGCGGAUGAGAACGCGUCGAUGAUGGACGUGUUCACAAGCACCGAUCUGAGUUCCUUAUGGGUUACGCCGCCGCUGCCGCAGCCACAGCCGCAGUCGCAGCCGCUUUAUUCCUCUGUUUCCACGGCGAUUGAACCAAGUAAACCCGUCGGUCAAGAGCCGCCGCCGCCGUCCUUAGCGGUUUUCAACCAGGAGACUCUGAUGCAGCGCCUCCAAGUGCUGAUUGAAGGCGCUCAAGAGAGCUGGACUUACGCUAUCUUCUGGCAAUCUUCGUACUACUCCGGUAGUAACCUCUUAGGGUGGGGCGAUGGAUACUACAAAGGCGAAGAAGAUAAAGAGAAAGCUAAAUCGAGCACCUCAAAAACAGAGCAAGAGCGCCGGAAGACGGUACUUCGCGAACUCAACUCUCUCAUUUCUGGUUCCCCUGCCUCCGAUGACGACGCCGUCGACGAGGUCGUCACCGACACCGAGUGGUUCUUCUUGGUGUCGAUGACUCAAUCGUUCGUCUCCGGUGUCGGAUUACCGGGACAAGCAUUUUUCGAUUCGAACCCUAUUUGGAUUAGCGGUUCCGAUCGGCUUGCGAGCUCGUUCUGUGAACGAGCUCGUCAGGGUCAGAUUUUCGGAUUGCAAACAAUGGUUUGUAUUCCGUUGGUGAACGGCGUUGUUGAAUUAGGGUCGAGCGAUUUGAUUUUCCUGAACUCUGAUCUGAUGAAUAGGGUUAGGGUUUUGUUUAAUUUCAAUAAUCUGGAGGCGGAGACUUGGCCAAUUAGUGGCGAGAAUGACCCGUCGCUUUGGAUCACUGAGCCAUUAUCAAACGCCAUUGAAAUUAAGGACGCCAUUGAAACUCCAAGUUCUUCUGUUCCUCCUCCGCCUCAAAAGAGUAACCGGCAGCCGCAGCCGGUUCAGAAACAGAGCUUCUUAACCCCCAAGGAAUUGAACUUCUCUGAAUUUGGGUUUGAGAAUGGCAGCUUGAAGGCGGAAUCCGGGGAGAUUCUUAAUUUUAGUGGCACCAAGAGGAAUUCUCACCCCAACACAGACAACAUCUUGCCUUCCGGCAACCCGGGCGGCAGCGAUGAGAACAAGAAGAAGACAUCCAGUAACGAAGAGGGGAUGCUUUCUUUUACAUCUGGUGUGAUUCUUCCAUCCUCUGGCACCGCAAAAUCGACCGGUUGCAUUGUCGAUUCCGACCACUCCGACCUCGAAGCAUCGGUGAUCCGUGAGGUGGAGAGUAAUAGAGCGGUGGAGCCGGAGAAACGGCCGCGAAAACGAGGUCGAAAACCAGCAAAUGGUAGAGAAGAACCAUUGAAUCAUGUUGAAGCAGAGAGGCAGAGAAGAGAAAAACUAAACCAAAGAUUCUAUGCUCUUAGAGCUGUGGUUCCAAAUGUAUCAAAAAUGGACAAAGCUUCACUUCUUGGCGAUGCUAUUUCUUACAUUAAUGAGCUCAAAGGGAAGCUUCAAGCUGCAGAAUCAGAUAAGGAGGAGCUACAAAAGCAAUUGGAUUCAGUGAAGAAGUUCAUAUCAAGCUCAGAUCAAGAGGUAAAAGCGUCGAAUUACGGCAUCGAAACCGAUAUCGACGUGAAGAUAAUCAGCUGGGACGCGAUGAUCCGGAUCCAAUCUAGUAAGAAGAACCAUCCCGCUGCACGGCUGAUGGCGGCAUUGGAGGAACUUGAUUUGGAUAUCAGCCAUGCGAGCAUUUCAGUUGUGAAUGAUUUGAUGAUCCAACAAGCAACUGUGAAGAUGGGCAGUCGGUUGUACACUCAGGAGCAGCUCAGGAUAGCUCUGUCGUCGAAAAUGGGCACUGCUCGGUAGCUCCCUAGCUCGGUAGCCAUUGUUGGGUUAGAAGAGCUCCAUCCAAGCUCUGUAAAAUACUGUUCUUUACUUGUUCUUAGGUAGAUGAUUCACAUGAAGAAGACAGAAGAAGGUAGUGGCUUUGCUUGGCUCCAUUCACGUGAAUAGUUAAAACAACUUUCAAUUAUUGUAUAUAUACAAAGCCA